AUGAGGUCGCAUCCUGUCCCCGAUACCCCGUCAGCAUCUCGUGCCGAAUCGGAAAUACGGCCCCUCCCCCUACAACACGACUCGAUCGGACCUGCUGAGAUUGUAGCAGGCCCAGAUUCGCUAGGCAAAACAGCUCCGUUGAAUGCCACCAACGAGAAGGUCGUGAUCGCUGACCUGCCAGCCGAGGGCGAGGAAGCCUUCGCCCACCUGCCGCCGGAGGAGAGAGGGAUCCUUCGGACCCAGCUGGACCAGCCCUCCGUGAAGGUGUCUUUCUUCUCCCUAUAUCGAUAUGCAGACUUCUGGGACCUUCUCAUCACGGCCACGAGCGCUCUGUGUGCCAUUGCUGCAGGCGCUGCUUUGCCCUUGCUCAGUAUCCUCUUCGGCCAAUUGGCUACAUCGUUCUCACGCGUCGCCGCUGAACAAAUUACGUACUCGGAGUUUGAGAAGCUGCUCGUCCAGAAUGUUUUGUACUACGUCUACGUCGGCAUCGCCGAGUUCUUCACGAUUUACAUUGCCACCGUGGGCUUUAUCUACGCAGGCGCGCGCAUCACCCUGAAGAUCCGCGAGCAGUAUCUCCGCGCCAUCCUGCGCCAGAACAUGGCUUACUUCGAUAACCUCGGCGCGGGCGAGAUCACCACGCGGAUUACUGCAGACACGAACCUAAUCCAGGACGGCAUCUCACAGAAGGUCGGCCUCACCCUGACAGCGGUGGCAACCUUCGUCAGCGCCGUCAUCAUCGCUUAUACCAAGUUCUGGAAGCUGGCACUAAUCUGCACCCCGACGAUACUUGGGUUGGUUGGUGCUAUGGUGAUAGGCUACAGGUUUAUUGUGAAAUACACGGGCAAAUCGCUGGGUAGCGUCGCUGUUGGCGGUAGUGUCGCCGGUGAGGUGCUCGGCUCCAUCCGGACUGCCACGGCGUUCGGCUCGCACAACCGGUUAGCGAAGCAGUACGAGGUUCACUUGAAGGAGGCUAAGGGCUACGCUGGCCGUAUGCAGAUAGUACAGGCUCUCAUGGUUGCCUCCCUUGGCGCCAUCAUGUUCAUGACAUACGGUCUCGCUUUCUGGCGAGGCUCACGGUUUCUAGUCGCUGGCGAGGUUGCCGUCGGCCAGGUCCUGACGAUUCUCAUGGCCGUCAUCACAGGCUCGUACAACCUGGGCAGCGUAGCGCCUCAUGGGCAAGCCUUUACCAGUGCUUUAGCUGCUGCCGCCAAGAUAUACAGCACUAUUGACCGCCAGUCUCCCCUCGAUCCGACCAGCAUCGACAAGAGCGGGAGGACACUUGAGGACGUCAAAGGUGCACUGGAGCUGCGAAACAUCAAGCACGUCUAUCCCUCUCGCCCUGAGGUCACCGUUUUAGACAACUUGAGCCUCCACAUCCCAGCUGGGCGCACUACUGCGUUCGUAGGCCCAUCAGGCUCGGGCAAGAGCACAGUGAUAAGCCUCGUGGAGCGGUUCUACAUCCCUGUACGCGGUGACAUCUUUCUCGACGGCCACAGCAUUGCGUCCCUGAACCUGCGCUGGCUCCGGCAGCAGAUCUCUCUCGUGAGCCAAGAGCCGGUGCUCUUCUCGACCACCAUCUACGAAAACAUCAGAUUUGGCCUUAUUGGUUCACCCUUCGAGCAUGAGCCACCCGAGAAGAUACGUCACCGGAUUGAAGAGGCUGCCACUAUGGCAAACGCGCACAAGUUCGUCACUGGUCUGCCAGAUGGAUACCAGACUCGUGUAGGAGAACAGGGUUUCCUGCUGUCCGGCGGUCAGAAACAGCGCAUUGCUAUCGCGCGAGCAGUAGUGAGCGAUCCCAAGAUUCUUCUGCUGGAUGAGGCAACUUCCGCGCUGGACACCAAGUCUGAAGGUAUCGUUCAGGCUGCGCUGGACAAGGCGGCAGAAGGCAGAACGACCAUAGUCAUUGCGCACAGGCUGUCCACGAUCAAAUCAGCUCACAAUAUCGUCGUAUUGGUUGACGGCAGAGUCGUCCAACAGGGAACUCACGAAGAGUUACUGAGUUCUACUGGGGAGUACUUUGAUCUCGUAGAAGCACAGCGCCUACAUCAAGACAGAGAACCGUACCACACUGAGGUGGGGGAGAGCGAGUACGAACACGACGCCGUGGAAGACGCUCUACACUCAAAAGAGAUGAAUUCCUCGACACCACCAGAGAAGAGUGCCCAAAUCGAUGGGGCGGAGAGCGGAGGGCUGCCAGCGGAGGUCAAUGAGCAGCAAGCGAAGAAGGCAUCGCUAUUCACCCUCAUAAAGUUCAUCGGCUCAUUCAACCGCCCCGAACUCAAGAUCAUGAUGGUUGGAGCUUUUGCAGUCAUCAUCUCCGGCGGCGGGCAGCCCACCCAAGCCAUAUUCUACUCAAAAGCAAUCACCACUUUCUCUCGCCCACCAGAGCUGUACAAGACCGUCGUGAAAGAAGCCGACUUCUGGUCCGCCAUGCUCCUCAUGCUCGGCAUCAUCCACGGGAUCAGCCUCUCUGUACACGGCAUAAUCUUCGGCCUCGGCGCCGAGAAGCUCAUAUACCGCGCGCGCAGCCAGGCCUUCCGGACCUUCCUCCGUCAAGACAUCGCCUUCUUCGACCGCGACGAGAACACGGCCGGGGCGCUACUUUCGUUUCUGUCCACCGAGACUAAGCACCUGGCCGGCAUCAGCGGCUUGACGCUGGGCACGAUCCUGAUGAUCCUGACGUCGCUAACGGCGGCCUUCGUCAUCGCCCUGGUUGUCGGCUGGAAGAUGGCGCUCGUGUGUAUUUCCAUCGUGCCCAUCGUUCUCUUUUGCGGCUUCAUGCGUGUCGCAAUGAUCGCGCAAUUCCAAAUCUACUCGCGGAAGGCGUACGAGGGGUCGGCCAGUUACGCCUGCGAGGCGACCAUGGCCAUCCGCACCGUGGCUUCGUUGUGUAGGGAGGACGACGUGCUAGCGACAUAUCGCGACCAGCUUGACAGGCAGGCCAAGGCGGGCAUCGUGCCCUCGCUGAAAUCAAGCCUGUUCUAUGCGCUCAGCCAGGGCAUAUACUGCUUAUGUACCGCAUUAGGGUUCUGGUACGGCGGGACGUUACUCGGGAAGCAUGAGUACACAGUAUUUCAGUUUUUCGUGUGCUUUACCGAGGUUAUAUACGGCGCGAACGCUGCGGGGAGUAUAUUUUCCAAUGCGCCCGACAUGGCGAAGGCCAAGAUCGCGGCGGCCGACUUCAAGCAGCUGUUUGACCGGCGGCCGCAGAUCGACCCGUGGUCUGAGGAGGGCGAGAUGGUCGGCAACGAUGUCAAAGGUUCCAUCGAGUUCCGUGACGUUCAUUUCAGGUAUCCCACACGGCCUGCUCAGGCUGUACUUCAGGGCCUUAGUCUUUCGGUCAAGCCGGGCCAGUACGUGGCGCUUGUCGGGGCCAGUGGGUGUGGGAAAAGCACGACUAUCGCCCUGAUAGAGCGGUUCUACGACGUGUCAUCAGGAGGGGUGUAUCUUGAUGGGAAGGAUGUCUCAAAGCUAAACGUGAACUCGUAUCGGAGCCACCUUGCCCUUGUCAGCCAGGAACCGGUGUUAUAUCAGGGCACGAUUCGUGAGAACAUCUGCCUAGGAAGUAAGGAUCCGGACGUGCCUGAUGAGAGCAUUGUCGAGGCAUGCAGGCAGGCCAACAUUUGGGACACUAUCGUGUCCCUUCCUGAUGGUCUCAAAACCAUGGUGGGCAGCAAAGGCAGCCUGUUAUCAGGCGGCCAAAAGCAACGCAUCGCCAUUGCCCGUGCUCUGCUUAGAGACCCCCGUAUACUGCUUCUCGACGAGGCCACGUCGGCCUUGGACUCGGAGUCGGAAAAGGUGGUGCAGGCGGCCUUGGAUGCCGCGGCUCGAGGCCGGACCACGGUCGCCGUGGCUCACCGUCUCAGCACAAUACAGAAAGCUGAUGUCAUAUACGUGCUUGACCAGGGCCAUGUCGCAGAAAGUGGGACACAUCAGGAGCUGAUCCGGAACAGAAGAACGUAUUAUGAAAUGGUGAACUUGCAGUCUAUGGGGAAUAGGGGCUCGUGCCCUCAUAGGGAGAGGUUGUAA